ACCGAGCCCUCGCGGCCGCCGUAGCCCCGCGCGCCGCUCGGCGGUCACGUGAGCGGGAGCGAUGGAGGCGGCCAAGAUGGCGUCCCCCAAGAGCGCCCCCAAAGACGCGCAGGUGAUGGCGCAGAUCCUCAAGGACAUGGGCAUCACCGAGUACGAGCCGCGCGUCAUCAACCAGAUGCUGGAGUUCGCCUACAGGUACGUGACCACCAUCCUGGAGGACGCCAAGAUCUACUCGAGCCACGCCAAGAAGUCGAGCGUGGACGCGGACGACGUGCGCCUGGCGAUCCAGUGCAGGACAGACCAGUCCUUCACCUCCCCCCCGCCCAGAGACUUCCUGCUGGACAUCGCCCGCCAGAAGAACCAGACGCCGCUGCCCCUCAUCAAACCCUACUCGGGGCCGCGGCUGCCCCCCGACAGGUACUGCCUGACUGCCCCCAACUACAGGCUCAAGGCCCUGCAGAAGAAGGUCUCUGCCACAGCAGGCAGGAUCACAGUCCCUCGCCUGAGCGUGGGUGCCGUGAGCAGCAGACCCAGCACUCCCACUCUGGGUACCCCCUCAGCCCAGACCGUGUCUGUGUCAGCCAAGGUGGGGGCCCCGGUGUCUCUGGCUGGGCAGCGCUUCACCGUCCAGAUCCCGUCCUCCCAACCUGCUGGGAAGUCAGCCACCCCGACCACCCCGACCGUGCAGAACGUGCUGAUCAACCCAUCCCUCAUCGGCCCCAAGAACAUCCUCAUCACCACCAACAUGGUGUCCCAGGGCACAGCCAGCGACCCCAACCCCCUCAAGAGGAAGCAUGAGGACGAGGACGACUAUGACACCUUGUGAUGGGAACAGGGUCCUUCCCGGGACUCACAGGGGGUGGGAAUGCUCUGGCCGGGGGAGGGUGGGAAUGUGGAAAUAAAGUGGAGUGUGUUUGUAACCUG